AUGACUACUGCAUUAUAUGAUGACGGAACGCAUGAAAAUGUACUAACUUCUGCAGAAAGUAGUGUCUUGCAGAAGAAGUGGUUAAUAACUGAAAUAAUUAAGCCUGAAUUACCGAAUCUCAUAGACCAUGUUGAGAAAUGCUUAGAGUUACUCUCAAGUGAGGAAAGAUUUGUGAUGCCACUCUCUAAUGGAAGUAAUAUACCAAAUGGUACUAAUUCAAAUAUUUCUUCCCCGAGCUCAGCUUCUAACAGCAAUAGCUCUUCGACAACUAAUACUACUAAUAGUAGUACAUCAAUUAAAGGAACUAUUACAAGACAAUCAGGCUAUAUAGUAGAUUUCCAUGCCGUGGUGAAACUACCCGAUUUUAACAAAGGCAGGCCGAUUAUGCUCAAAAUGGAGACCGGUAAAAAAUAUCCUCUUGUUCAAAUACAAUCAAUUAUUUCUAACUUAGCUCGAAGCUUAAACUUAUUUGACGAGUUACAACAAAUAUCAGAGAGUAAAACCCUGGAAUUUGACGAGACACAACUCUUUGAAAAAAAGAUUGGGAAAAUCCUAGAACUAUUAACGCAAUCUAUAACGUUGUUACAAAACCCCCCACGAGAAUUGAUCUUUCCUCACAACAAUAACAACUUUUUAAAGAAUAAUUUUGGUGAGUCCUACGAAGCAUGCGAGUCUACCCAUCAUUUAGUGAACAUGGAGUUGGUUCUAUUUAAGAAUGAAGUUUGUUUGGACAUAAGGAAUCUCACUAAAGUAGUGAAACGACCCUGGUGCGAGGUAGACCCUAACACAGGUCUGUCGUUUGCUGAUAAGGUUAGAGAUAGGCUGAAACAGGACAGAAAUGGAAGAAUUCUGGAGAUUUUGAAGGAACAUGGCUUACAAGUCGAUGACGCUUCCGUUUUAAACAACUUAUUGUCUAGUUUUUCAGUGACAGAGCGAAUAACACUCCCCCAAGCAAAUAACCUACUGGCUAGGUGUGUGACAUUUGAUGGUAGAGUUGUUACUGAAUGUGAAAAAGUUUCAAUAAACACUAGUGACCCAACCUUAAUCAGUGUUAGUGCAAAGCUGACUGGACUCGAAAACAAAAUUAGUAACCAGUACGUUAAUAUACAGAACCUUAACUAUUAA